AUGGCGAUGGCGACGGGGAGGACGAUGGCUGACGAGCGCACGAUCGUCGCCAGUAUAAAAAUAGGGUCCGGUGAGGAGAAGGAGGUGGGAAACGGGCUGAGGAAGUUGGUGAAAAGGCAAAUCGGACGCGAUCGAUUCGACCGUUGGAACCCGCUCGUGGCGGGAGAACGUGCGACGGGGGAAGAAGGUCUCGUGAAGGGCCAGCGAGGCGCAGAUCAACACCGAAGGAGCGAGAGCAGGUCUAUCAUUGCGCCCGCGAAUUGA